AUGAUCGCCUACUGGACCAACUUUGCCAAAACAGGGGACCCCAACAUGGGCGACUCGGCUGUGCCCACACACUGGGAACCCUACACCUCGGAAAACGGCAGCUACCUGGAGAUCACCAAGAAGAUGGAUGGCAGCUCCCUGAAGUGGGGCCUGAGAACCAACUUCCUUCGCUACUGGACCCUCACCUAUGUGGCGCUGCCCACGGUGACCGACCGGGAGGCCACCCCUGUCCCCACCACGGGUGACUCUGAGUCUGCCCCCGUGCCCGCAAUGGGUGACUCUCAGGACACCCCUGUGCCCCUCACAAGUGACUCUGAGGCCGUCCCUGUGCCCACCUCGGGUGACUCCAAGGCUUCCCCCAUCCCCACUACUGGUGACUCUGAGGCCGCCCCUGUGCCCCCCACAGGUGACUCCAAGGGAGCUCAGAUGCCUGCAGUCAUUGGCUUCUAGCAUCCCACGAGCCUUGGUCUCAAGAGGCCGCAAGGGUGGGACCCCAGAGGCUCCCCUCCCGUCUUUAGCACUUCCUGAAUAAAACCUCAUUUCCCUG